AUCCCAUUUUAUUAGAUAAAACAUCCGCAGAAAAUGGUACGUUCUGCGGUGUUGGGAUUAGCGUUAGUGCUGCUGUUCGCCUACUGCAAAGCCGAUGAAGUUUUCGGUUGCGGUGGCUUCGUGAAAAACGUUAAUUCCGAGCUCGAUCUGAGUAAAGUGGAGGUCGGACUGUUCACAGCACAGGGCAGCUUAAAAAUCAAAACCGAAUGUUCACCAUCGAACGGGUACUACUUCAUCCCGGUGUACGAUAAGGGCUUGUAUGUGUUGAAGGUGAUACCACCACCCGGUUGGAGCUUCGAACCGGAACAGGUAGAGAUCAAAUUCGACGGCCAGACAGAUAAGUGUAGCCUUGGAAAGGAUGUGAAUUUCCUUUUCAAAGGGUUCGGAAUUACAGGCCGCGUUGAGUUUCACGGUGUGGCAGACGCGGGGGCACGAAAUGUGCGAGUAGAGCUGGUAGCGGAGGAUGGUAGUAAAAUCGGCCAAACGGUCACGAACGGAAAUGGUGUGUUUUCGUUCACACCGAUCAAACCGGGCCGAUAUGUGGUGAAGGUGCAGCAUGCGAAGUGGCACUUUGUGGCACCAGAGUACAAGGUGACCGUUGCAUCGGGAAAUACAGAGAUUCCUGCCGGAUCACUCGUCGUUUCGGGCUUCGAUGUAGAGGGUAGCGUUUUCAGCGAUGGACAACCGUUUGCAAACGUUGGCUUGCUGCUGUACAGCGCCAAAGACCAAAAACCACUGGUAAAGUGUGCUUCAGCUGACAUUCCAUCCGUCGUAAACAACGCUAACACAGUGUACGAAUCGAACCCCAUCUGCUUUACUACACCAAACAAAAACACCGGAACCUAUCUAUUUCCGGGCGUGUCCCGGGGGAAGUAUCUAAUUCGGCCCCAUUUUAGCGACAGCAAGAUCAAAUUCCAUAUACGCCCGGAAGCGGUUGAGCUGGUGGUUGGUAGCGAUGGUGUCCGGGUGAGGGAACACUUCGAGGUAACAGGAUUCAGCGUAUCGGGACGCGUUUUGCGCUCACCCAAUGGGGCAAGUGUUGUUGGUGCACGAGUUAAACUGAACGGUCGUGAAAUCGCCGUUACCGGAAAGGAUGGUACCUACACGCUGGAAAACAUUCAACCCGGCACGUACACAAUACAGGUCCAGGCGGACGAUCUACAGUUUAAGGAUCACAUCGUAAAGGUAUCGCUGGCCAAUCCUUCCCUGCCGGAUGUGCUCGUGUCUGGAUUUAAAGUGUGCGGACAGGUCAUUUCGAAGAAAGCGCAUCGUGUUGCGAUCACAAAACAAGCAUCCACCAUGAUGGUGGAGGUGACCAGUCGCGAAGGUACCGGCGAGUGGUGUACGUUCCUUGAAAACGGUCAAUACACGGUGCAGGUACUAACAAGCGAUGAGGAGCACGCGAGCGGCAUCCAGUUCUUCCCCGUUACACAAACGAUCGAGGUUAAUUACUCGGAACCGGUAGAGGGAAUCGUAUUUUCGCAGCUUCGUGCCACAGUAAAGGGUGAAGUCCGUUGUCUGGCAACGCGUGAAUCGUGUGGCGAUCUUGCCGUUACACUGCAAGCCCUUGAUGGUAAUGGAAAGGCAGUUGGUCAGCCCGUAAACGUCGCUGUUUCCGAUGCGGGUGUGUACACGUUCCAGAAUGUCCUGCCCGGUAGCUACGAAGUAAGUGUCCCAAGUUCGAAAUUAUGCUGGCAGUCCAAUACGGUUAAAAUCAACAUCAAAACUGCCAAGGAAACGGUACCGGACUUUGUGCAGACGGGAUACAUUGUUUCGAUCCUUUCGAGUCACGGUGCAACCAUGGCUUACCGCUGGAAGGAUACUCGUCCGGCAGAGAAGGAAGCAAACGCGGCCUCCAAGGAGGAAGAGAUCGUAUUGACCGCUGGCAUGAAUAUGUUCUGCGUGAAACGAGCCGGUACGUACGGAAUGCGUUUAAGCGGAUGCCAUCGGUUUGAGGAAACGACACCAACCGAAUUCACUACCACCAGCGCUGGGCCCAUCUCGGUCAAUGCUAAGAGUCACCGUAAUCUGGUGUCGCUGGUAGCGGAAGAAAAGGAAAGUUAUCGGGUGAAGGUACUGCGAGAUGGGGAAACAGCUGAAGAUUUUGUUGAUCUCGAACUAUCGGACACUCGUACCGAUGGAGGAUACCUGUAUCGAAAGGAAUUUUAUCUCCAACACGGCGAACGGAUUACGCUUGUACCACAAAGCGAAAUUAUGCUGUUCAACCCUACCCAGCUCGUUGUAACGGGUGGGAGCGAUUGUACGGAUGUUUCUACCAAGCUAAAAGCUACGAAGGGAUUGCUGAUUAACGGUCGUACCGAGCCACCUGUAAAGGAUGCUACCAUAACGUUAACCUUCCCGAAAAAUGCGGAUCUUGCAUCUCAGAUUACGCUAACGAACGAACGGGGUGAGUUCCGGUUUGGUCCGAUCGAUCCUUCCCUCACCGUGGAGCUAUCGGCCGAGAAGGAAUCGUACGUGUUCUCCGAUUUUGACCGAUCGAGCAACUCAUUCAGCGGUCACAAACUUUGCGAAAUCAUCGUCACGGUAAAGGAUGACGCUGGAAAUCGACUGCCGGGCGUACUUUUAUCACUGUCCGGUGCGGAAAGUUAUCGUAAAAAUUUGGUCACCGGCGACGAUGGUACGAUUAAGUUCCAUUCCCUAUCGCCCAGCGAAUAUUAUCUGCGGGCGAUGAUGAAAGAGUACGAGUUCCGACCAAACUCGAAGCUUAUUAAGGUACAGGAAGGUGCCACCGUCCAGGAGGAGCUUGUCGGCAAGCGGACACAGUUUUCUAUUUUCGGUUCAAUCACCUCACUGAACGGGGAACCGUUCGCCAAUGUGGCGGUCGAAGCGGUAACGGACGAAACGUGCGGUAAUGUCCUGGAGGAAGCGACGAGCGAAUUUAACGGUCAGUAUCGUAUCCGAGGCCUUACACCCGGUUGUCAGUAUCGAGUGCGGGUACGUACCGGUGCAGGACCAACGGCUGCUGUUGAUCGUUCCAUCCCACGCGAACGGGUCGUUUCGAUUGAGAAGGCCGACACACGUGAUGUGAAUCUGAUCGCCAUUAGUCCGCUCGCGUUCGUCGAUGUAACGGUGCGUGUUGUGGCAUCACAGAACGAUCACUACAAAACGCUAAAGAUUGCACUGUACAAAAAGGGAAGCGAUUCACCGGUUCACACGCAACGUAUCGAAUCACCGCUGAAUCCAAAAUCGAAGAUUAAUCCGGGAAUUAUGGUAUUUUUCCCUCGCAUUCCUUUCGAUGGAAAGAGCUAUCAUAUCGAGCUGACUUCCUCGCUGUCUGAGAAGAAUUACCGGUACAGCUUAUCGUCGGUGUCGUUCGUGGCCAAUACGAGUAGCUUUUAUGCGGAGUUACCGUUCGAGCCGGAACUGCGAACCGCCGAAGGUGAUCUGAACCAAAGUUCACUGUCCGCAAUCGUACUGAUUGCGAUCAUUGGCUUUGUGUUCUUUAAGCAGGAGCUUGCCUUUGAGCUGCUGGGAAUUGCUUGGGCUAAGGUAGGAAACCUCGCUGGUGGUGCGAUGAACCGACGACCUACGGGCAAGGAGCUUAAGAAUGAUGCCGGACCCAUCGAUACGCGCGAUAUUGAUGCUCUGGCCUCAACCAUUGAUGGCAUGAAGAAGAAGAAAACCAAAAAAGUUUCCUAGAAAUAGUGGCGAGCAGGAAGAGAAG